UGAUAUUCUAUGGGAAAGCGAUGUCGGUUCUACGCAAGCGCAGUAAAGGUGGUAUCCGCCUUCUUCGCACCUUUGUUCCUGGUUUUCUGCUUCUCAUGUCCACUGUUGAAGCCAAAUCGAUAUUUAACCUCGAUAGAAACAAAUUUCUAUUAUCAAAUAACAUUUAAGAUUAACCUUUCAAACACUGCAUCUUCUCUAGGAUUGUCUCCACUUCCACUGCUCUGCUGCUACAGAGGAGAAAACUCAUACAGUGACAUAAUGUAUGGACAGUGUGCAAAAGGUUAAAGAAUUGUUUGCAGCAGAUACAUCAUCAUUAGUUAUCGUCUCUUGAUGACCAAAAGGAAAAUGUUUUACAGAAUUGAUGCAAUCUUGUUUAUAUAAAUUUUGAGUGAAUUACAGUGAAAUUGGUUUUCUGAAUGGAAAUUAAAAGCAACAUUUUUCUAGGACGGUUUUCUUGGAAUAGCAACACUUCUCCUAAAGUGCCUUGAAUAUUUACAAUGUGGUUUUUGUGUUGUAAUUAAACUUAGACAAAUUCAUAAAGGUGUCUUCAUCAUUCAAAUACCAGAAAGAUCAGAAGUGAUGGAGAUAUAGCAGUAGAAAUAUCUGUUAUGAACAAAAUAUAUAUCUGCAAAAAAAAAAUACAAAUAAUAAUACUAAUAAACCACAGUAUUUUUUAGUUGGAGAAGAAAAAUUAUGGAGUAUAUAUUAUGUGAGGACUAUGAAAGACAAUGUAAAGCUAUUGAUUUUCCUGAUGAUAUAAAGAAAGAGAAAGGAAAAACACCAUGUCAGUGUGAUAUCUGUGGUAAAUUAUUCCCUGACAAGAGGCCCCUCAAUGAGCACAAACGUAUUCACAGAAGAGAGAGGUCACAUCACUGUGAUAUCUGUGGUAAGGCAUUCUCUCGAAGGAUUCAUUUGACUGUUCAUAUACGUAUUCACACAGGAGAGAAACCAUAUCCCUGCGAUGUCUGUGGUAAAUCUUUCUCAGUAGGGAGUACCCUGACUAAACACAAACGCAUUCAUACGGGGGAGAAACCAUUUCACUGUGACAUCUGUGGUAAAUCAUUCUCUGGGAGUAGUGACUUGACUCAACAUAAACGCUUUCAUACCGGUGAAAAACCAUAUCAGUGUGAUAUCUGUAAUAAAUCAUUCUCACAAAGUACUCACUUGACUGUACACAGACGUAUUCACACAGGGGAAAAACCAUAUCAGUGUAAUAUCUGUGGUAAAUCAUUCGCUGAAAGUAGCCCCUUAACUGUUCAUAAGCGUAUUCAUACAGGGGAGAAACCAUUUCACUGUGAUGUCUGUAAUAAAUCAUUUUCUCAAAGUAGUGAUUUAGCUGGUCACAAACGUAUUCAUACGGGAGAGAAACUAUAUCUAUGUGAUAUUUGUGGUAAAUCUUUCUCUUGCUUAAAUGGCUUAAAUAUUCACAAAUAUGUUCAUUCUGAAAAGAAGCCAUCUGACUGUGAUAUCUGUGGUAAAUCAUUUUCGUAUAAUUACUUAAAGAGACAUAAACUUAAGCAUAGAGUUUAGAAACCAUAUCACUUUGUUAUCAUCAUUUAACAUCCAUUUUCUAUGCUGGCAUGGGUUUGAUGAUUUGACUGAAAGCUGGUAAACCGGGGGCAAUCUGAUUUGGCAUGGUUCCUAUGGCUGGAUGCCCUUCCUAAUGCCAAGAGUCUAAUCAGUGUUUUUUUACAUGCCCUUAAUGUGACACCAGCAUCAAUCUCAAUUGGCUUGACAGGUCUUCAGAAGCACGGUAUAUUGCCAAAUUUCUCAGUCACCUGUCCCUGUCUCCAUGAGGCCCAAAGCUUAAAUGGUGCUUUUUAUAUACCACCAGCUCAAGUGCCAGUCAGAUGACUCUAGCAUUGGCCAUGACUUCAAUUUCACACUGACAGGUUUUCUUAAGCACAGCAUAUCACCCAACGUUUGAAGGGUGCUUUUUAUGUGCCGGCUACACAAUACCAACAUCGGCCUUAUCAUCAGCAUCAUUUAACAUCCGUUUUCUAUGCUGGUAUCAGUUACAUGGUUUGACUGGAGCUGCUAAUGCCAGGAGCUGCACCAAGCACCACUAUCUGUUGUGGCAUGGAUUUCUACAACUGGAUGCCCUUCCUAAUGCUAACCACUCCAUUGAGUGUACUGGGUGCCCUUAUCGUGACACCAGCGCAAGUCCUUUUUAUGUGGAGCCAGCACUAGUGUCAAUGCUGCUGUGGUGGACUGGUCGUUUUGAGUAAAGCAAUGCAUCUGAUGUCCAGGUCCUUAGUCCCUCCUUUUAAGGCUCAGUGUCUUGUGAUCAGCCUUUAAUGCAUCAUCCCAUGUCUAGGAAGACAUGUGGCCUUAACUAUUCAUGAACUAUUCACUAACAUAUUGAUUUCAGAGAGAAUCCUAUUACUGUGACAUCUUUGAUAAAUCUGUCUAUUCAGAUAGCUGGUACCUCUACUGGGUCUACAUUUGGCAGGAUCUCCUCUCAUUCAUUUUUCACGUUCAGCAGACUUUCAUAAUGACUUUUCCAAGCCUCUUUCUUUUCCGAAUCAUUGAAAGCAAGUGCACCAUCAUCCAUGUGGACACAUUUCUCUCCUGUGACAUCACAGUUUUGUCUCACACACCGUCUUGCAAUCUGAAAUACUUCAGUUCUUUGGUCCUCACGUCGCUGGACAUCAUCUUGAAUAAUUUCACCAUCGAUGUCUGCUUAAGUAAAUCCUUCAAAAUCAUCGUCUGAGUCAGAAUCAAACAAGAUUUUCUUCAGAAAAAGCUUCAAAUGCAGGGGUGGCCAUUUCGAUUCAGUAAAAAUAAAAUGUAAAAGAAACUGCAAUCGAUUUUGAAGAUUGGUUACCUCGUGCUUAGUUUAUAAACAAUGAAAAUAACAUCAGAAAACAAAAAUUAACCCUAACCCUUAUUCUGAAUCAAAAGUACCCUGUUUACUGGAAAUAAACUUUAGCAAUGUGACAAAAUGCAGCUACAAGGAAGGAAACUCAUGUGGUCAACAGCACGGAGAAGGUUUAAAAUUCAUCCUACAAGAUAGAUAUACAUAACUAUACAACCCCUUCUUUCGUACUUUAACCUCUUAUCUCCCUCUUAAUGUAGCUCUGCUCAGUCGAAGGGGAUUUCAGUGUUGCAGGCUGCAUAGUAGCUUCAUUGGUACUAGUGUCAUGACAAAAGCACCCAGUGCACUAAGUGAAGUGAUUGGUGUUGGCAAAGCCAGCGCAAACACUGGGGGACAAAGCAGUCCCUGGACCUGUCAACAUGUGCAAGCCGUGCAAUCUUUGAAGGUGGAAAUUAGAUGAUGAUUAUGCUUCGGCACAGGAAAAAUGAUAUAACUGUGAUAACAAUAUUUCAUAUUUUCUGUAGCUAUAUAUACAAUAAAAGAUAAAAUCAGUGAA